UAGGUGGUGCUGGCUAGAGUGCAUGCUUUUGGACCCAAGCUUAACUUUUCAAAUGUGGAAUGCUAGGCCUUCAUUGGCCUCACUGUAGGUUUCUGGAAGAAGUUGACUGCCUGAGAGGAAAAGACAAAACAUGAAAAUUGCUUUGAGGUGACAAGCAAGUCCCGUGGCCCCUUGCUUCUCCCACGGCGGGUCUGAGGUUUAAGACCCGUAACUUCAGAUGAGGAAACUCGGGCCCAGAGAGAGGGAGUGACAGCCCUAGUCCCGUCGCGUGGAGCUCAGACCCCGACGGUGGGCAGUGCACGGCCCUCUUCAACUGGGCUUGGAGUCGGAGUCCCUUACAAGACCUCCAAUGGCCGACCAGAGAAUGGACAUUUCUUCAACAAUCAGUGACUUCAUGUCGCCGGGAGCCACCGACCUCCUCUCCAGCCCCCUGGGUACCAGUGGCGUGGAUUGCAACCGCAAACGCAAGGGCAGCUCCACCGACUACCAGGAAAGCAUGGACACAGACAAAGAUGACCCUCAUGGAAGGUUAGAAUACACAGAACACCAAGGAAGGAUCAAAAAUGCAAGGGAAGCUCACAGUCAGAUUGAAAAGAGGCGUCGGGAUAAAAUGAACAGCUUUAUUGAUGAAUUGGCUUCUUUGGUACCGACAUGCAAUGCGAUGUCCAGGAAAUUAGAUAAACUUACCGUGCUGAGGAUGGCCGUUCAGCACAUGAAAACAUUACGAGGUGCCACCAAUCCAUACACAGAAGCAAACUACAAACCAACUUUUCUGUCAGAUGAUGAAUUGAAACACCUUAUUCUCAGGGCAGCAGAUGGAUUUUUGUUUGUCGUAGGAUGUGACCGAGGGAAGAUACUCUUUGUGUCAGAGUCUGUCUUCAAGAUCCUCAACUACAGCCAGAAUGAUCUGAUUGGUCAGAGUUUGUUUGACUACCUGCAUCCUAAAGAUAUCGCCAAAGUCAAGGAGCAGCUCUCCUCCUCUGACACUGCACCCCGGGAGCGGCUCAUAGAUGCAAAAACUGGACUUCCAGUUAAAACAGAUAUAACCCCCGGGCCAUCUCGAUUAUGUUCUGGAGCACGGCGUUCUUUCUUCUGUAGGAUGAAGUGUAACAGGCCUUCAGUAAAGGUUGAAGACAAGGAUUUCCCCUCCACCUGCUCCAAGAAAAAAGGCUCUCUUCCUGGUUCCUUUGUUGGCUCCUCCUCUUCUGUCCCUGGCCUUCUUCUCUUAAGAGGAGCGGAUGUACACCCGAGCCCCAUAGAUCGAAAAAGCUUCUGCACAAUCCACAGCACAGGCUAUUUGAAAAGCUGGCCACCCACAAAGAUGGGGCUGGACGAAGACAGCGAACCAGACAACGAGGGGUGCAAUCUCAGCUGCCUUGUUGCAAUUGGAAGACUGCACUCUCACGUGGUCCCGCAACCGGCAAACGGGGACAUCAGGGUGAAAUCUAUGGAGUAUGUCUCCCGGCAUGCAAUAGAUGGGAAGUUUGUUUUUGUAGACCAGAGGGCAACAGCUAUUUUGGCAUAUUUACCACAAGAACUUCUAGGUACAUCAUGUUAUGAAUAUUUUCACCAAGAUGACAUAGGACAUCUUGCAGAAUGUCACAGGCAAGUUUUACAGACAAGAGAAAAGAUUACAACUAAUUGUUAUAAGUUUAAAAUCAAAGAUGGUUCUUUCAUCACACUACGGAGUCGGUGGUUCAGUUUCAUGAACCCUUGGACCAAGGAAGUAGAAUAUAUUGUCUCCACCAACACUGUUGUUUUAGCCAACGUCCUGGAAGGCGGGGACCCAACCUUCCCGCAGCUCACAGCAUCCCCCCACAGCAUGGACAGCAUGCUGCCCUCUGGAGAAGGUGGCCCAAAGAGGACCCACCCCACUGUUCCAGGGAUUCCAGGGGGAACCAGGGCUGGGGCAGGAAAAAUAGGUCGAAUGAUUGCUGAGGAAAUCAUGGAAAUCCACAGGAUAAGAGGGUCAUCGCCUUCCAGCUGUGGCUCCAGCCCACUGAACAUCACAAGUACACCUCCCCCUGAUGCCUCUUCUCCAGGAGGCAAGAAGAUUUUAAAUGGAGGGACUCCAGACAUUCCUUCCAGUGGCCUACUACCAGGGCAGGCUCAGGAGAACCCAGGUUAUCCAUAUUCUGAUAGCUCUUCUAUUCUUGGCGAGAACCCUCACAUAGGCAUAGACAUGAUAGACAACGAUCAAGGCUCAAGCAGUCCCAGCAACGACGAGGCAGCAAUGGCUGUCAUAAUGAGCCUCCUGGAAGCAGAUGCUGGGCUGGGUGGCCCUGUUGACUUUAGCGACUUGCCGUGGCCGCUGUAAACACUAUGUGUUGCUUUGGCAACAGCUACAGUAUCAAAGUGCAUCACUGAUGGAGUUUUACAGUCUGUGAAGCUUACUGGACAAGGAGAGAACAGCUUUUAUGUACUGUCUUCAUAAAAGCCAUCUCAGAGCCAUUGAUACAAGUCAAUCUUACAUGUGUAACUUCAGACAAAGUGGAACGAAGCCUGCUCCAGUGUUUCCUCGUCAUCGAUUGUUGGGCUAGCUGUGGAUAGCUUGCAUUAAUUGUAUAUUUUGGAUUCUGUUUGUGUUGAAUUUUUUAAUCAUUGUGCACAGAAGCAUCAUUGGUAGCUUUUAUAUGCAAAUGGUCAUUUCAGAUGUAUGGUGUUUUUACACUACAAAGAAGUCCCCCAUGUGGAUAUUUCUUAUACUAAUUGUAUCAUAAAGCCGUUUAUUCUUCCUUGUAAGAAUCCUUUACUAUAAAUAUGGGUUAAAGUAUAAUGUAUUAGUUAAAUAUUUUUAAUAAAUGUUUCCCUUGUUCUAUAAA